CUUGCAAAGAGUUAGUUUCACAGGCAACCGGUCAUUCCCAGGUGGUUGGUUUUUUGGCCAGGAUUUUAUUUGCACCAACCACAACAACCGUGGCCACUUAUGUUUUUCUCGCUUCAGGUAUUUUCCUAAAACUCUGCUGCCUUUCAGCAGGGGGUUUCCUUUUUGAUUUUUGGAAAAUAAACUUGGAAUUAUGGACGACGGCAAACUGCCCAGCCUGACAGACUAUCGGCGAUAUUCGCUUCACUUAAAAAAUCCCAAAAGGAACGUCUUCGUCACGCAACUUGGGGACCAAAGGUAUGAAGAUGAAGAUGUUAAUUACAUUCCAAUAAUCAGACAGGCAGCCGGUGAGAUUCUUGCAAGUGACCGGAGGACACCUCAGACGACUUUGGUACUGAAGAAGGAAGUAGAAGUUGACCAAGUUAAUGCAGAACUUGCAGCUAAAAGACAAGAGUUCCUUCAACGCAUGGAAGCCAUUAGCCAGCGGAGGGCAGAAUUUGAAAGAAAGGAGCAGGUGUUUAGAGAAAGAGCCCUGAAGUUUGACAAAUUCCUCAGGGAUAAUGAUGCAAAGAGGUGUCGUGCUAUUAAAAAAUAUCAUGUUGAGUUGAAAGAAAAUGAAGUGAAAAAGAAGGAGUUACAAGAUUUACUUCACCAAUUUGAAGAAAUGAAAGUCAGGCAAAGAAAACUGCAAAGGGGUGUGUCAAAAUACAAAUUGUAUGAAGAUUAUCUUCUGAAAGUAAUUGAUAAUUUGCCUGAAAACUACUUGGAGUACAGCUCAGAAUCUAUGGUGAUGAGUAUCAUCCGAAAACAUGAAACCCUUGGAGCCACCAAUGAGGCUUUGAUAAAUAAUCUCAGCAGGUUGUCAGAUGAGAUGGAACAAUGCCAGCGUGACUUGGAAAGUCUGCAUCAAGAAUAUGACACCACAAAACUGAUGAUUAAUAGUCAACUCUCAGUGCGACAAAUGGAAUGCGAUGAAAUAAAGGAGAAGAAUAAACAGAUAGAAAUGAAAAUAAAUCUACAACGAGGCAAUUUCAUUCAUAAGAGUGAAGGGUUUGGUGCCCUCUUAUUGGCUAUUAAUAAUCUGGCAGAUCAGUGCUACAUGAGGCAUUAUGGAGUAUUUGAAGAAAUUGACAUUUUAACAAAGUUGGACAUGGUGAAGGAGUUCAUCAUGGAAAAGAAAGAUGUUGCACAAGAAGCAGGACAAACUGACUCUACAUCUGUUUUCAUUGGCACCUCUGACCAAAUUCCAACCAAAUCAGGGGAAACUAACCAGUUGAAGCCACAAAUAAAGGUCUCAUUUGCAAAUUCCAGCAAAAUCAUAACUAACCAAAAGAACAGACUAAAACCAAUAAAUAGCAAGUCUUGAUGAGUCAUUUUGACAUCUUCGUUUAAAGAGGGAAUUUAUUAUUUUGCCUAAAUACAGUCUAGUGAAGUGUCAGGUGAUGUUUUUCAUUUAAAGGCAUAAUAGCAUGUAAAUUGUUGUGUGAAAGAAGUAGAGGGAAUCUGACUGUGUUUGCAGGGCUAACCACCCCACUCAUCUAAGUGCAGCAGGUGAGUAAGGUAUAAAUGACCUGAAUCAAACGGUUUCCCACUGUAUUGCCAGAAGAGUGCAGCAGGCUCCAGAUUAAUUUCCGUUAAUUUUUCAUUGCUUUGCCAUCUUACUUUAAGCAGUGCUGUAAAGUCUAAAUCUGAUUUUCUAGGUAUGAUUCUGAAGUAAAAACUUGUGUGGUGUAAUACAUUAAUGGUUGCGAUGUAAACAGAGAGUUCUGAUCGAUUCCAUGGCGCAAAGCCCUUCAGUUUGAGUAGAAUAUAACUCAAUAUUAUAUGUAGCCAAGUUUAAAAAGUACUGAGACAUUCAUAUGAGGUUUCUUAUCACUUAAUAAACUUUUUGAGACUUAAUCUCAUGAGAAGGUGAACAUUAAUGGUAUAUUAAAUUGUGCAUGUUCACAUUUCUGUUCCAGCAGGCAGACUAGGCAAAUUUCUAGUGACUUUAAACCUAACCGUAUAAGCUUAGCACUCAAUUACUGCUGAUCUCGGACCAAAAUUAAUAUAUCUGCAGUUAGGAAGAAGAAUAGGCUGUUUAGCCUCAUUCGAUGAGAUCAUGGCUGAUCUGUGGCCUGUGUUCUAGUGGCUGGAGUGUAGAAUUGAGAUGGGCAAGAAUGAAAAGUAGCAAACGCAUCGUGGGCAGCACCUUGGUCAGGUUUCGAGACCCUUCCUGCAUCGUGCAGCAGCAACAGCCAUGGGCCAACCUUAGGAGGGGUUCCCUUGCCCCACCCCAUGCUCACAGUGGUAGCCUGACUGCAAAAGCCAUACUUUAUUUAAGGCUUUCUUUCAGCUUUUUAACACUUGGUCUCUGUUUUGAAGUGCCUAUCUCUCAUUUGCCAUAGUAUCCUGCUUGCUGCCUCUGGCCCUCCAGCUUUGUGAACUUGUCCACCGUCCUUAAUGGGAGUGUGAGACUUAUGACAACAUAAAUUGGAUUAGUUUCCCUACAGAUUUCCUGCUGUGUGGAAACAUGCCAUUUAACCCAACAAGUCCACACUGGCCCUCUGAACAGUAAUCCACCCAGACCCAUUCCCCUACAUUUCUCUGAUAAUAUGGGCAAUUUAGUAAGGCCAAUUCAUCUGAUCUGCACAUCUUUGGACUGUGGGAGGAAACUGAGGAAACCCAUGCAGAC